AUGCCACCGUUGUGGGCCGUCCCACAGGUGGAGACGAAUCGGCACCGCGGGAGACGGAGGCUCCCAGGCCUCCACGAACACGAGGAAAUCCGCGGACGCCGGGAUACUGCAUCCGGUGCUCCCGGAGCGGCUAUCGGCGAGACCCGACGCAGGCUGGGAGACCGUCUCGCUGAACGCCUAGCAGAGAAAGCAGGAUCUGCCAGCAUCGAGAACCUCCCCUUUGAACUCCAGAGGAACUUCCAGCUCAUGAGGGAUCUGGAUCAGAGGACCGAAGACCUGAAGGUGGAGAUCGACAAGUUGGCGGGGGAGUACAUCUCCCAUGCUCGCACGCUGGGCGCCGAGCAGAAGCUCCAGCUGGUCCGUCAGAUCCAGAGCGCCUACAGCAAGUGCAAGGAGUUUGGCGAUGACAAGGUCCAGCUGGCCAUGCAGACCUACGAGAUGGAAAACUGA